AUGAAAUCGUUCAAUAAUCAACAUUUAGCAAAAUAUUGGUUUUUAUAUGGUGUGUUAAUCUUGAUUAUAUUAGCACUGAUAUAUCCGGAAUUAGGUUCAAAUGAAGGGCCUUUAAAACCAGAUAUAACUGUGAAAUAUGGUGGUAUUAUAAUUAUAUUUCUAAUUAAUGGAUGUUCUAUUCGAAGUGGAGCUAUUGCUAUUUUUAAUUCAGCUGUUGGUAGUUUAUUGGGUACGAUUAUCACACCAGUUCUUCUCUAUAUGAUGGUUGGAUAUUAA